AUGGUCGCGGGCCAUGUUCUUCAGACUGGAUUAGGGAGGCAAGCAUGUGAGAGUCUGCUGCGAGAAGAUAAAGAGCACCAGUGGAGUGGAGAUGGAGGCUUUGCUCAGCAAGCGACGUCCUUGGCUGCCUUCCGUGAAAAGCUGAAUUCCUUCAGUGAAAUUUCUUUUCACAAUGAGUGUUACUUGGAAGAUGGAGCUUCAAAAGGUGCCUGGCUGAACCGGUCAAGCAUUAUUUUUGCUGGAGGUGACAAGUGGUCGGUGGACCCUCGAGUGUCAAUCGCGACAGCAAACAGAAGAGAAUAUAGCCUGCAGAUCCAGGAUGUGGACGUGACGGAUGACGGGCCCUACACCUGCUCUGUGCAGACCCAGCACACUCCUAGAACCAUGCAGGUGCACUUAACUGUACAAGUUUCCCCGAAGAUAUUUCGUAUUUCAAGCGACAUCGUGGUGAACGAAGGGAGCAACGUCACCCUGGUGUGCCUGGCCACGGGGAAGCCGGAGCCUUCCAUCUCCUGGAGACACAUCUCUCCCUCCG